AUGUUUUUUGCAACAAAAAAGAAGGGGUUUAGGGGUGAUGUACCCAGUAAAGUGAAAAUCACAACACGGGAUUUGUUUACUGAUGCGAACAAAGGCAAAGCACAAGGCUCUACAACUGAAGAAGUGAAGGAGUCGGUUCCUGUGGUGCAUUAUGUGCCACAAAUAAUGGCACGAUUAUGUCCUCCGAGGGAAAAUAGUUCGCCACCCUCUCAUUCGAUGGACCCGCCUCCGCCUAUUAUUGAGCCUAACUUGUACUCAUAUGUGCCGGAGUAUGAGGACCUGGAAGCCCUUACGUGUAUGAUGAUGGAAUGA